AUGUUUCGAAUACGAAACUAUCAUACUAAAAACCGGUUCCUCCGGCUGCUAGAUUAUGCCGAGGUGCCGGGGUCUCCGUCUAUGAGAUCACCCCUCAACAAUGACUAUUUAUUACGAUCGAAAGCGAAUCUUCGCUAUGGAAGCCAAGAUUCAAAAUUAGAACAAGCUACGGUGCUGGCCGCCUAUUUUGAAAACUUUAAACACAAAAACAUCAAAGGACUUGAAAAAACACUACAAAAGCGGUUGAACAUUGCUGACCUGCUGAAAGAGGAAGUCGCAUGGCAGUCUGGAGAGCUUAGUCCGGCAAUGCGCCAGUUAAUUGAAGAUUCAGAGGUUUCACAUGACGAUAUCAAGGCUCUGUUGGACUGCUUUUUUGCACCAACACUAACCGAAGCACUUGAAGUCAUGAAAGGCAGAAGAUGGCCUAGUUUCCUUGUUAUUUAUACCCUCAACCGUGAGGUCCAUUCACAGAUUGAAGCAUAUCACGCCAUUAAGCUAUACUUGAGCACAAUUGAGCAAGCAAAGUCUGAUUUUCAAGUUGAAAUGACCUCUUUAGCUCUCAGGAUCGCUCAAGAUCAUAUAGUAGAGAUGGCUCCACCCAUAUGUGAGAUUUUCUCCACUUACGGCUCGGUCGAAGCAAAAAGCCCAGCGGCCCUCAACGAACUGUUGUGGGUGCUUGCGAAAUUCGGUACGACAUGGACAAAGAGCGAGAGCUUGGUUUUGAUUGCGGCUCAAGAAAUACUUGUCAAGAGUAUGGGACGAGUGAAUUUAGAUAUGAAGGGAAGGGUUGGUCUAGCGUACACGGUUCUACCGUCUUCUCGAAAAACUGCCUUGAAUCUCGUCAACCUCGAGCACGAUAAAACUGAUGGCUUUGUUUAUCACGUUGGACGCCAAAUGAUCGAGAUUAUGGCGGCCCAGUCGGCCGAAGAAAUCCUAGCAGGGUUGAAUUCCGUUGAACCAGAGCACCGGACGUCCCGAGUUUGGUCGAUCGUUCUAUUGAGUUUGCGAAAUCAAGGUCUUUUGAACUCAGCUCUUGCCAAACGGUUGUGGGGACACUUGAAAAACACCAAAGUUCGGUUCUCCCAGCAGAUGGCGGAGCUCUUACUUGUGCCAUUGCAAACAAUCAGUGAAAAGAUAACACAUUUCAAGUUCCUUGAACAGUCCGGUAUUAAGGUUAACACAGGCAUUCUAAGUGCGUUUUUUCAUGUCUCAAGCCGACAUGAGCUAUCCCUGGCUACAACUUUGGUCAGUUCGUUUGGUGACAUGGCCAAUGACCCCUCUGUUCUUACCGCAAGAAUAGCAGCAGAGGCCAAGCACAACAAAAAAGCAGUUUGGAACACUUAUCAAGAGAUCCUUAAACAAACCGCUCCAUCUGCAGAUGUACUCGAAAGCCUGUGUGUUGCAGCCUGGGUGCGUUUAAAAUGGGAUGAUGCUUUAGCAGUCCAAAGGACUAUCCCUGAGAUCCACAAGUGGGUAAGACGGGAAUCAGAUGAUAUCUUCCGGCUCUACCCCACGCAAAGAUUGCUCUAUGCCUAUGUUUUUAUGCUCGGGAAAGCUCGUUAUGAUGUCGAGCUUCUUGAAGUUCUUCCUUGGCUUGAAAACCUUAAUUUCUCACCCGAAAAGCGGACAUUGUGUGCUUUGAUUCAUUAUAGCUCUCACGGACAAGCCCUAUUGAAACUUGGAGCUAAAGCCGAGGGCGAAUGGCCAACUCCUGGCGAGUUGGAAGAGUAUGCCCAUGGUCUAUCCAAGACAAGCGCAAGUAACUAA